AUGACCGAAGAUGAAAAUAUUGCUGUUGGCGACAGAAUUAUAGUGGAAGAAAAGUUUUCGGUGCACGAUUUCAAUGAUUCGGACACUGAUGUUUCAAUGGACAUUUCCAGUGAAAGUGAGGAGGAAGAAAAUGAAUUUCUCCCGGUAUUCGAACGUGAGCGAGAAUCACAGGACUGGAUUGAAGUCAUUGCCGAUGAUUCAUCUCCACCCCUUCUACGAUUUCCUUUCACUGGACAACCUGGACUGAAUAUUAAAGUGGAAAAUAAGGAUGAUCCUUUGGAAUAUUUCAGUUUAUUUUUCACCGACACUGUUAUCCAGCAUAUUGUUACAGAGACUAAUAGAUUUGCCCACAAAUUUUUGGGAAAUACGAAUGUUUCAGAAUUUUCUCGUGCCAAUAAAUAUGUCGAUACUAAUAGUGAGGAAAUAAAGACAUUUUUUGCACUGCUUAUUCUUCAGGGCAUUAUAAAAAAACCCAAGGAAGCAUGGUAUUGGUCUCGAAACCAAUUUCUGGAGACUCCAGUAUUUGGCAGACUAAUGAGUGAGAAAAGAUACAGCCUUCUGAUGAAAUUCCUUCAUUUUACGAAUGAUGAAGAGUUUGACCAAAAUGUUCAUCCGCAUCCAAAACUCUGGAAAAUCUGGAGCAUUUUUGAGAUGGUAUCGUCAAAAUUUUCUUCUGUUUAUACCCCAGAAAGAGACGUCUGCAUAGGCGAAUCGAUGACGCUGUAUAAAGGAAAACUCAGUUGGAGACAUUCUGAAUCCACAAAAGAUUAUAGAAUGGGUAUAAAACUGUUCCUGCUUUGUGAAUCCUUCAGUGGAUAUAUUUGGAAAGUUUUGUUAUAUACUGGCAAAGAGACAAAAUUUUGUUCAAUUUAUGACGAUUAUGCCUUGGGUACGAGAUGCGCCAUGAGUCUGAUGCAUGAUCUUCUGCGAAAAGGAUACUGUGUGGCUAUCGAUAAAUUUUAUUUAUCGCAUGAACUUGCCGAACUUUUAAUUGAACUCAAAACGGAUGUUUUUGGGACGAUAAACCCAAAUACAAAAAAUUUACCACUUGGUUUAAGAGACAGAAAAUUGAAACCGGGGGAAGUUAUCGCUUAUCAAAAAGGGAAGAUGCUAGUUUUUAAAUUUGAGGAUAAAAAAUCGGUAUGCUUCUUGAGCACAAUACACAGCAUCGAUGAAAAAGUAAUUCGAAAUAGAAACAAAAGUGUGACUAAAAAACCGACUGUUGCAUUCGAUUACGAAAAAGUCAUGAAUGAUACGUCUAGGCAAGACCAGUGUUAUAUUUAUCAUCCAGGUGCAACAAAACGGCAGAAAUGUUACCACAAGAUAUUCUUCCGACAGCUUCUCGACCAAGCGGUCUGGAAUGCUUUCGUUUUAUUUCGAAAAAAUGGUGGAAGUCUAGAACAUUUAGAUUUCCGUGUGAGACUGGUGGAGAGACUUUGUGAAACGUGGCAUUCGAACCCAAAAGCAGAAGUUUCGCGCACACCUGUGGUAGGUCGCAGACCUGAGCAAGGUAACAUUUUGAGAUACAUGGAAAGACAUUUUGCGUCGUACGUCCCCGCUACAGGUAAAAAAUUAGAACCAACCAGACGAUGCGCAAUUUGUUGCGCCAGAGUGGGCGAUAACGGUAAAAAAAUUCGACGGGAAACGAGGUAUUGGUGUCGCAUUUGCAAGGUAGGACUUUGCGUAGUUCCUUGUUUCGAACGAUAUCAUACCAAACCUGCCGAUUAG